CUGGGCUCCCGUGUCUGCUCGGCAGCCGCCUCCCUCGGACCUGCCGGGCGGGACGCACCCGAGCCGAGCCGCGGGGCCCGCCCCCGCCCGGCCAUGAGCGCGGCCGCAUGAUGCGUCCCUGCCUCGGCCGCUGCAGUCGUCGCCGCCGCCGCCGCAGGCCGGGAGGAGCCGCAGCGCCGGGCGACCCCGCCCGGGCCUCGGAUCCUAUCACAUAGACAGUAUGCACCUUAAGGUCCUGAAGAAAAGGCGCAAAAUGUUCAAGUAACGUUUAGAAACCAUUUGUGAGGGUGUGUCAGGGACAUCAUGCCGUCAUCAGGACACCGGCUCCGGGAUGUUGAACACCAUCCUCUCCUGAGUGAAAAUGACAAUUACGACUCUUCGUCCUCCUCUUCCUCCGAGGCUGACGUGGCAGACAGGGUCUGGUUCAUCCGUGAUGGCUGCGGGAUGAUCUGUGCCGUCAUGACGUGGCUUCUGGUCGUCUAUGCAGACUUUGUGGUGACCUUUGUCAUGCUGCUCCCUUCCAAAGACUUCUGGUACUCUGUGGUCAACGGAGUCAUUUUUAACUGCUUAGCGGUGCUUGCCCUGUCGUCUCACCUGAGGACCAUGCUCACCGACCCCGGGGCGGUACCCAAAGGGAAUGCGACUAAAGAGUACAUGGAGAGCUUGCAGCUGAAGCCAGGAGAGGUGAUCUACAAGUGCCCCAAGUGCUGCUGCAUCAAGCCGGAGCGCGCCCACCACUGCAGUAUUUGCAAAAGAUGUAUUCGGAAAAUGGAUCAUCACUGCCCGUGGGUGAACAAUUGUGUAGGAGAAAAGAAUCAGAGAUUUUUUGUGCUCUUCACUAUGUACAUCGCGCUGUCUUCAGUCCACGCGCUGGUUCUCUGCGGACUCCAGUUUAUUUCCUGUGUCCGAGGGCAGUGGACCGAAUGCAGUGACUUUUCACCUCCAAUAACUGUAAUCCUGUUGAUCUUCCUGUGCCUUGAGGGUCUUCUGUUUUUCACUUUCACUGCAGUGAUGUUUGGCACCCAAAUCCACUCAAUAUGCAAUGAUGAAACGGAGAUCGAGAGACUGAAAAGUGAGAAGCCGACGUGGGAGCGGAGGCUGCGAUGGGAGGGGAUGAAGUCUGUCUUUGGAGGGCCCCCCUCCCUCCUCUGGAUGAAUCCCUUCGUCGGCUUCCGAUUCCGGCACCUGCAAAUGAGACCCAGAAAGGGAGGCCCGGAAUUCUCUGUGUGAAGCCUCUCCUGAUGCUGGAACUCGUUAACUGACUUUAAAUUAUUCAUCGGGGUCUGAAAGGGUAUCGACAGCUCGUCUGUGACCAGUAGGGCAAACGGAACCCACACAAACCAGUUGCUUGCAGCAAGCAGGGUUUUAUACGUUUAUAGUCACAGGUGGCAGGUUUUCCAAACGAGUAACGGGAAGAU